AUGAGUUGGGACACUCCAGCUCAGUCCGCAGGUGCCCCAAGUUGGGAUGGUGGUGCUGCUGGUAACGGCGCAGGCUGGAACGACAACACUGUUGGCAACGGAGCUGCCGGUUUCACUGAUUCCUCCGGUGGUCCAGCCACUGAUGGUGCCGGCUUCGGGGAUGACGGCAAUGAGAACUUCGCCCAAGAUGCUUCCGGAGGUGCAUGCCGCAACUGUGGUCAAGAUGGCCAUUUCGCGCGUGAUUGCCCUGAGCCCAAGAAGAUGGGUGCUUGUUUCAACUGUGGUGAAGAAGGCCAUUCCAAGUCCGACUGCCCGAAUCCGCGCAAGUUCAAGGGUGAAUGCCGCAACUGCGGUCAGGAAGGCCAUCGCAUCGAUGACUGUCCUACCUAUGUGGCGAAGUGCAAGAACUGCGAGCAGGAGGGCCACACAGCCAUGGAAUGCAAGAACCCCAAAGUCAUGAACAAUGCCCAUGUUGCCGAGAUGUCUGAGGAUGAAGCUUGGGAGUCGCUCAAGAAGGCCAGCGAUGAGCGUGAUAUUGGUGACUUCAAGGAGGCCGUGCAGGUCUUGUCCAAGGUUGCUCCCGAUUACACCUACCCUCGUCUUGAGAAACAGUUCCGCAAGCGUGGCUUCAACAUCUACCUGAUUGCAAUGGAAAAGGAUCAUGGCCCUACCUGGACCAAUGUCAACCUUCAAGGAGAAAUCGGCAAGAAGUAUGCUGUCAGCUACUUCAAGUCCGACAAAGCUCAACGCCCUGCACUCGUCGCCAAGUGGCCUGCAACUCCCGAGGAAAACCUCGCCCGGCUGUCCGACGCUGGUACUCCCCUCGAUCGUGGUGUCGACAUGUGCAAGAACUGUGGGGAAGUCGGUCACAAGAGCAAGGCUUGCCCUCAAGACAAGAUGGAGAAGGAGCAGCCCAAAGUCAUGUGCCACCUCUGUGGAGAGGAGGGUCAUCGUGUUCGUGACUGUACUCAGGAGCGCAAGAAGCCCAGCCGUGCUUGCAAGAUCUGUGAGGCAGAAGACCACUUGGCCAAAGAUUGUCCCAACCGUGAGAAGCGCACUUGUCGCAACUGUGGCGAGGAGGAUCACAUCUCCAAGGACUGUCCCAAUCCACGCAAGCAGACCUGCCACAACUGUGGUGAGGAAGGUCAUGUCUCCCGAGAGUGCGAGCAACCACGCAAGAAGAUCAACUGGGCUGAAGUCACCUGCAGCGUCUGCCAGCAGAAGGGUCAUGGUCGCGGUAGAUGCCCUCAAGCUCAAGCCGACAACGGCGGCCAAGAGAAUAAGGCUCCAGAUACCGACGCGGGCAAUGGCGGUGGUUGGGAGAGCAACGAUACCGGUGGUUCUGCACAGGCUGGCUGGGAGCAAGGCGGUGGCAGUGGCGGUGGUGGCUUUGAUGCUGUCCCUGCUACGACCUCAGGCGGCGGCUGGUAA